AUGACGGAUAAUCAAAAAGAAAACUCGUUUACUAAAUUGCUGCAAGGAUAUAUCGAAAAACGUGAUAUCAAAGUGAAGGCUGAUGAAGCUUAUAGAGACGAAAAUUACCGUAUUGUUAUGUAUCGUGAAGACGAAGACAAGGAAUAUGAAGAAACAGGCCGUGUAAUGUGUGUAGGCUGCAGAAAGAUACUCUCCGGAAAAGACGGGAGUCAUCUGCGUCGUCAUACGAAAAAUUCUUGCAAGAUGAAGAGAAAACUGCCUGACAGUGUUGAAAAUGGAGAUUUGGAAUCGAGUUUGUCCGAAGUUAAAAGUCGGAGAAUUGAUGAGUUUACCACCAAACAAUUCCGACAAGGCGAGUUAUCAAAAAUCACAACGGCUAUUGCGAAGUACGGAGUGAGCUCGGGACGUUCGUUCAAUCAUUUGAGUUCUGAAUCUAUGAAACGAUUGGUAUUGGAUAUAAGUAAUGCAUCGUCAAGUGGUGGUUAUGGCGAGGCCGCCCUGAAACAACUUCCGUCACGCAAUACUAUUCAGAAAGUUUCCGAAAAUAUGGCUCAGAACCUGAUUACAAAACUUUAUACGUAUUUGUCACGUUUCACCGAAAAUCGUCUUCAUUUGAUUAUCGAUUAUGGGAAGCUUGUCACCCACUAUCUAAGUGUGUUCGGAUCUUUUGUCGAUGAUGAAUUCAAACUGCAAGUCGUACCGUUAGCAUUCAUUCCCACAUUUGAAGGGAAAACAGCGAAUGAGACAGCAAAGUUAAUCAAACAUCGAUUAGAAGAAUACGGUUGGACCAAAGAACAAAUUGAGUCGUGUUAUGUGACUGCCGAUGGUGGUAUCUCUAAUAUUGGUUCACAUUUUUACAGUUAUGUGAGAUGCGUGUCGCAUAGUGUCAGCUUGCUUGGAUCGAAAAUUAUAACUCCACUGUUGAUUCAUCGAAAAAAUCAUCUAUUGUCAUCAGAAGAUCUCGAUAUGUUAAGCCGACUAGAAGAUGUUAUCAAUGUAUCCAAAAAAGUUGCUGGCUACAUUCGCUGGAAUUCUACUAUAUGCCAGUCUCUGCCACGUCUUCCUACUUUGCCUUCGGAUACUAGAUGGCUUAAUGGUGUAAAAUGUCUGAAAGACGUCAUGGAACUGAUGGAAAAUAUUCAACCAAAUAUUCAACUGUUCUCCCCGAAAGGUAGAGAACGAAUCCGACGUCUCGCUUCUGAAGAUGAAAAACUCGCUCACUCAAUUUUAUUGGUAUUUUCACCUCUGCUGACAUACAAUCAGGUGUUCCAAUGCCAGAACAAGAUUACUUUAAAUCUUGUAUUGCCUGCUUACAAACAUUUAGACAAUCGAUUCAAAAAAUUCCUCGAAGACGAUUUCACUGGAGUUGAUAUGGACACAAUUGAUACAGAUUUUGUCAAAGUUAUGUCGAAAUCCGCUAAAGACUUUAUUAUGGAUAUGCUACCGAAAGACAUGUCAUCUGUGAGAAAUUCUCCAGCACCCACUAAAAAUGAUGGAGUAGAAGAUCUGUAUGACCUUCUUCGCGACACUCCUCAAUCAACUUGUGAUGCGAACAACGAACUAGAACGAUAUCUCUGUGAACAUGUUGACUCAAAUUAUUCCGAAACUCUUGAGAAUUACUGGCACCGCAAAAAGAACGAGUAUCCCGCACUCUACGAAGCAGCCACAAAAUUGUUCAGUGUGAUUCCAAGUGAAUCAAUCUGUGAAUCCUGUUUUUCGACUGCUUCAUAUUUAUUAGACAAACGUAGGACACGUCUUCAAUAUUCGAAAGCUGAGCUAGUCGUAAUGGGGUGCCAAUUGGCCAAUAAAUUUCCACACUGGUUAGACGAUCUUGCAUAA